UCACAACCAAACAGAAAAUGUAAAGAAUCGAAGGAUGUUGUAAAUGGAUUUAACGUGAGGGUAUUUUGUUUUAUUACACAUAUUUAAGUGAGCAAUAGGAAAAAGAAGAUGCCGGGCCACUCAAGUAAGAAACAAUCCCAAAGAACGAAGGGGAAUGUCAGGCCAUCCAGUAGCAGCCAGGCUGCCCAGCUGCUGUCACAAGCAAGCGAUAGAUCUACUUUUGUUGGAUUUGACACAAUGUCUGGGUCGCCAGGUUAUGUUCCCAUCAGUCAGACAUUGGAGGAUGUUGACAGCAGUCUAGACGCUGACUUCAGACUUGUUCUUCGCAAGCUCACCAAGAAAGACAGCAUUACUAAAGUCAAGGCACUUCAGGAAUUCAGUACUCUUUGUAAGGAGAAGGAUAUAGAGAACUUGAAAGCUGUACUUCCAUUUUGGCCAAGGAUGUUCAACAGGGCAGCUAUAGAUGUAGACCACAGAGUUAGGGAGACCACCCAGCAAGCAAUGACGGCCCUGGUAUUUAAAGCAAGGAAGCAUCUUGCACCUUAUUUGCGCAGCCUGAUGGGUGCAUGGCUGUUGUGUCAAUGUGACACAUAUCCUACUGUGGCUGCUGCCGCCACUCAAGCUUUCCAGUCUGCCUUCCCGCCAACCAAACAGACUGAUGUUCUCGUCUUCUGUCGCAUAGAGAUAGCACAAUUUUUGACUGAUCAACUGCUGAAUCAGACUGCCAACUCCCUGAGUGACCCAAAAUCUACAGAUCCUGAUGAUAUGCAAAACAAAUAUCUCAGAGUAAUGACAUCAUCACUUUAUAGCUUAAGGAAAUUAUUAACUUCUCUUCCUGUCAACCAUAUCGAGUCGCUUAGGGAUAGCCUGGAUGUUCUGAUGAAAGAUUCAAAGUUUUGGAAGUAUGGAAAGUCCCCUACAGCAAGUAUAAAAGCAGCCUUUUAUUCCUUCCUUGCCUGUAUCUGCCAAGUACAACCAGAGUUGUCUGCCCUUUAUAGCAGCAAGUCAACACCACUGAUCUUACACAAUCUGGAUGAGAAAGACCCAGUCAUUUGUCCCGCUGUGUGGGAAGCUACAUUAUCCCUAAUCAGCCAUGUCCCAGACUGUUGGAAAUCUGUAAGUGUGGAAAAAGCAUUUUGGCCAAAAUUGCGAUCAGCCCUUGAGAAUGGUUUCUAUGGAAACAUGACUCUGAUUGGACCCAACCUGUUGCCAUUCCUUAGUAAAGUACCAGCAGAUAUCCUGGGUGCAGAUAAAAGAUUCUAUACACAGUUCUUCUCUUACAUAACUUCAGGUCUAGGUAAGGCAUUAUAUUCAUAUGUGAUCAGUGAUUCAGCCCCUGUCUUGAAGGCCUACAUGGAAUGUUGCCAGUAUGUCACCAUGACUGUGGAUGAGAGACAAAUAUCCAGAUCUAUAAUCCUGGAGAAGGUAUUGCCGAUGGUUCAGACAUCUCUUAUGGACUGUAAAUCUACCCUCCAUAUAUCUCCCCUGUACAGUUUGAUAGGCAGUGUAUUCUCUAGCCUAGAACACUCUGCUGGUGAUGUGACUAAUGAGUUUUGGACAGAGUUAGGGGACAGUGUGCUGGAAAGAUUAUCAAGUGAAGAAUCAGACUUGGAGGACAGUAAGUUUGUGGAGCGAUGUAUUCAUCUAGUCACCUGUCUUGUGUAUCCUAAAACAGGCAGCAAAAGCAAAACGGAAAAGGUGAAGUUUUCUCUUGGAACAGAACCUGAUCCUAUAGCAACAGAAGGAGAGAGAACUGCUUUAUCAACAGGGGCUGCUCACCUAGUACAGAGAAUAACCCUGAAGGCUUUCCAAAUGGCACGAGAGACCCACAGCGUCCAUUGUUUGCACCUGUUUGCAUCACUGGUUGAAUUGGACCCGUCUCAGAACACAAUACAGAAAGUGAUUGAGGAGUGUGAGGGUCGUGUGGUGGAUCAUCAGUCGCCCUCAUUGUACUUUAUUUUCACUGUGUGUAUACCCUGGCUACAGGAAAUUAUAUCAUCAGAGGGCACUGACCCCAGACAGCUGCUGUCUGUGAUCUGUGUAUUCAUGCCUCUUCUGGAGUCUGACUCCAUUGGUCAACUGUUGCAGCAGCUCUGCCAGAUGGAACUGAGUUUUGGGGCAUUCCACCACCUCCUGGAGAAGAUCAUGCCACUUCAAGUCCGAUUAUCCAGUGUUAGUGCCUGGUUACAGGGCCCAACAUUCCACAGCAAAGUAACUGCCAUCACAACAGAACUGUGUCAGAGAAGCAUGACACUCAAGAUGGCUGACGACUGUGACAUACAGAAGGGCUGGAGUGUUAUAUGCCUAGUACUGGGGGAACAGUCCAAUUGGACGCUGAGCCAUGAACUAGUACAUGAGAUUCUUCAGAUUGUCCAUCGGUCACUUCUGGUUCUCAAACACAGUAAAGAUGACCACAAGGCUGACAUAGCUAUCAAGUUUGUUGCCAUGGCUACUCGCAGCUUUUUCCUCAAUUCCAAGAGUUGUCUGUCCUUGCCUUCAGCCUCGGACCUACUUUUAACUUUGUUCUCUGUAUCCCUUGACAACAGUUGGGAUGUCAGUGACGAGACUGUUCAGGAAUGUGAAAUUGUGUGGACAGAAGGGCUAGCCACCAUCAUCAAAGAAACUGGUGGAAUGUUCCAAGACCAAGGUGUGCUGCAUAAAGCAGUAACACUGGUGAAAACUAGACUGGCUAAGUUGACCAGUCUAGCACAGUUUGAUACUGUGGCUAAUAAAGUCAAGUCUCUGCUGACUGUUAUCAAGAACAACUUACCAGAUUGUGACAAGGGAGAUAAUCCUGUAUUUACCAGUGUUGUCACAGAGCUGUACAAUCGGAUACAACCAGAUGUGUCUUGUGAGGUAAUGGAGCAUGUGCUUGUUAGUGGAGAUUUCACCUUUGAUGACAUGUCCCUUGGUGUGGGGUCAGAGGUCGGUACCUCACUGUACAACACCCUUCACAACACCUGCCUCCUCCUACACACCAGACCUAUAGUCACGGACACCAAGGACCAGUCACUGGAGACCAGGUCCGAGUCCUCGAGGUCUGAGUCCUCGAGGGAUGAGAUGUUGUCUGAUAUAGAACUAGAGGUGCUACUGGACUGUUUGUAUGGAGAGCAGAUCCUCAGUGUUUUGAUUGACAUUAAUUACAAGGGUCCCGAAGCUGAGAUAUUUACUACUGCUGUACACAGACUUGAGUCCACUCUACACAACUUGGUGAAGCAAUGUUUACACUCAAACAGGAAUGCAUUGGUCAACAAGGCCAUGACAAGGUGUGAGACAGGACCAUGGCUAUGGGGAAGGACCCUCAAACAUCUGUUAGGCCUGCUGUCAGAUGACAUCCAAUUUACAGUAGACCUCGGGGAAGUUCUAGACAGGUGUGUGGAGCUGGACUCCGGGCGUGUACACCUGUUACAGAGCUUGUGUGGAUACCUAACAGCCACUGACACUAUGACUCUCUGUGAAAUCCUGGUGGCCAGACUCGUAAGCAGUCCCCUGGAGGAUGUCAGGCUAAUCAGUGGUGGCUUUGGUGCCCUGGCAGCUGUGACCAGUGUGUUGCCAGGAGUGAUGAAGGAGGAGAACCUCGUACCAGCCUGUCUCGAUCUGGUACAGGGCACUUUGGGACAGCUGAUGGACUGGAGGGACCAAGAUGAUACUUUCCUGUUGUUUGGCAGUGACCUUGGGAAGGAGGCUCCAGGUUUGGUGCUUGUUAAUGCAGAGAUAGCCAAAUUUCUUACCCUGGUGGUCAAGUUUUUCUACAAACACCUGACUGAUCGAGAGUGGGAUUUCAUCAUGUGUAGUAUGGUCUCUAUGGCGCAGAGUGUAGAGGAAAGCAAGACUGGGCUUCUUAGUUCCUGUGUAACACAAAGAUACACUGUGGGAGUGUGUCGUCUGCUCCACCAGGUUGCACUGACUCUACAGACGGUAGAGGAGACAUAUCCGGUGAACCUCAUUACAGAAUGGCAGGAGUUCUUCAGUGAGAGUGCUUACAGCACCAUGCUACCACUAUUUGUGAAAGUUAUAGGUGAAGAGAAAACAAAAGAGAGAUCUCAUCAUGUGUUACUGCAAGCCAUGGGAUCCUGUCUGUCCCUGUGUCCUAAACAACAGGUCCUUAAUCACCAGUUACCUCCCCUGUUGAUAGCUGGGGAGUCAUCACCACUGCCUGAUGGUCUACAAACACUGAUGAAUCAUUUUUGUCCACUACUGACUCAUAAGGACAGGGCUGUCCAGAUCACUGGAUUCCAUCUCCUCACAAGUGUGAUGCCAGAGUUCCCACAAUAUGAUAAAGAUGUGAAAGUUCCAGAAGAUGACAGAGAAGACACCAAUAGAAGCCCCCCAGCUGCCCUGAUGAAGGUCUUGUCAAAAUGCAAUGUUGCCAUGGAGAUAUUGUUAGGGGAGGAAAAGGUAGACGCCAAUGUGGAGUUAGCUCCCUACACGGACGAGUAUCAGUUCACACUAGCCUACCUCUUGGCAUGGAAACUAUUGCUCAAUCUCUUCAUCAGCUGCCCUGCUGAGUUGAGACAGGAAUACGCCAGUCACUUCAAAGACACUGGUCUCAUUGUUCAGCUGAUGAGGUAUCUCUUCUGUCUGAUGCCAGUGAAAACCCCCAUGGUCAACGGAGAUGGUCAGUCUGGAACUGUUUUCGAAGUCACCCCUACAUUAAGAGUUACAGAUGAGCCAAGUGUCUUAGAGAUUCAGCAUGUGAGUAGCUGGGUGUAUAAGGACUCAUUACAGACCAUGCCAGCCAUGGCUCGCCAGUGGUGGCUUGACCAGGACCGCAAAACUUCAGCCUAUGUUGACAGAUUUACGAGUAAGAAUGUCAGUCAGCUGUUAUGUACAGCUGAAAUCCGCUCCAUCAGUAGGAGUGACCAGAAGCUGGACUACAUAACAAUACGAACACGCCCAACAACAAGGGAGGUAAUUGUGACCUACGCACUUGAAGAAGUCAGCACAGAAAUGGUUAUCUCCCUUCCUCAGAACUAUCCUAUGGGCAGCAUUGAGGUUCACAGUGAAAAACGAGUGGGUGUGUCGGCAGCACAGUGGGAGAAGUGGUUGUUACAACUCAAGAUAUUUCUUCAGUAUCAGAAUGGAAGUCUGUUUGAUGGUCUGAGGAUUUGGAAGCGGAAUGUUGAUAAGAGAUUUGAAGGUGUUGAUGAUUGUAUGAUCUGUUUCUCCGUCCUGCACGGCACAAACUAUCAGCUACCACGACUUCAAUGUAAAACCUGCAAGAAAAAAUUCCAUUCAGCUUGCCUAUAUAAAUGGUUCCAGACGAGUCACAACUCCACCUGUCCACUGUGUCGAAACCUAUUCUGAUGAAAUUCUCAAAACAUUACUCCAGGCCAGUUCAUGAAGACAGUGUUUUAAACAAAAGAUGAUAACAAUGACUUGAGUGCUGAAAUAAUCAGUAGAUUGAUCAUCUGUUUGACCUCUGCUGCGGUAGUAGAUGACCUCUGUUACUGUAGCAAUUUACAUCUGGCUACAAAACAUGCCACCAUGUUCCUGUUUAAAAUCAUUCAACUUGUUCAGUCUGGGAGAAAAUAGCGAGCACAGAUAUACAGCAUUGAUAACUGUAGAAACUUCUGCAGAAUUUCUGUGUGAAUCAGUCUCAAUUAAUGGUAGUUAUUAUUUGUAUGACAUCAAACUGGAAAGCUACAUUUUACCCCAAUCAGACAUAUGGAAGCAGCAACUGUAUUAGGGGGCCUUAGUAUUACUACUCAAUUCAGAAAUGACUGUGAUAGAGAAGUGGUUACCAAAAAAACUUGACAAGUUCUGAUGCAUCUUAACAAAUGUGAAAUAAAGUCUUAUUCUCUACUCA